AUGAAUCUUGGCGGCGGAAUCCCGGUGGAUCGCCAUCAAGCUUUGGUGGUGAAGCCUCCGUCCGAUGCCAAGCCCGCCCAUCCGCCCGCUCUGACCGUGUCCACAAAUCCCACUCCGCCCCUCACUCCCGUCGCGGACGAUCGCUCGCCGAUCUCGUUUUCCGGGGUGCAGGCCAGUGGUUCUGACCGACGACCUGUCCUCUUGGGCCCUUCCGCAGCAUCGAGAGGUAUUUCCCAGCCGACUAUUUUAAAGAAUCCGCUCGAGUUUGGAUGGGAUUUGGAAGUACAGCGGAACCUCCGCGGUGAUCCCGUCGAAUUUGGCCGUGGUGCGUGGAGUAUUGUGUACAGCGCUGUUUGCCAGGAGCCGGAGCCAGUGUCUCCUGCGAGCAAUGUAUCGACGAAUCUCAACAGCCAGCCCGAUCGGGUGUUCGCUGUCAAAACGCCACUGCGAAAAGAUGCUUACCGAAUAUUGAAGGCGGAGGCCUUGCUUCUAACUCGUUUAUCCACGAUACCUGGGCACGAAAGCCACCUUGUCCCGUUCUUGGGCUACGUUUCGCCCUCUCAUUCUCUCGUGAUGGAAGCAUUGCCAUUGACUCUCGCAAGCUAUAUCACAUCGCGCGCGGCGAUUGCUCGAGAUAAUUUCUCCACCAAGACCAUGUUCGAUCCUAUCGUUGGCAUGUCAAAAUGGCUAUCCCUCUCGUGCCAUCUAGUCAAGGGACUUGCGUGGCUGCAUGACGCUGCCGAAAUCGUGCAUGGAGACGUCAAGCCGCAAAACAUCCUCUUGCGAGAGCAGGAUUCAAAACGCGAGGACACCUUUCCAUUCGAUCUGCUGUACGUCGAUUUCACCUCAUCAGACGAUCUCUCUUCUUCGGCUGCAUGCCCCAAGGACCACGGACUGGCACUGUCAGCCUUGACGCCUCCUUUCGCCGCCCCUGAAUUACUCACCAUCUCAGCCCUCAAAUCAUCCACUCUCGCCCCUUCAAAAGCAUCAGACGUCUUUUCUCUUGCCGUCACCCUUCUAACAGCCGUGACGGGCGAUUUGCAACUCUAUCCUGGGGCAGGUAGUAUGCAGUGUCUAGCAAUGUCGAGGGACGGCCAUCGCGUGCUGGAUUUCGUGCGAAGCGGCGUCAAUUGCUCGAGAGUCCCUAGAAAGGGCACGGUCGAGCGCAUAUUGUCACCAGCUAUUGUGAAAGAUCCCAAUAACUGUUCCGAUGAUUCCACUUUGACCAUGGAUACCGGCUACGUCUUCAUUUUGAUACCCUCGCUUAUGAUGACAAAAAAACAUGCCUUCCGGGACUCGUCCCGCCUUUGCUGGUUUGAGGAAGCGAUGUGUCUUGCAGGAUAUGGCUUCCCUCGUUCGCGAGUUCGGCCUGCUCCUACCCUGUCGUCGAGCACCCGCCUUCUUGUUCUCUUAGCGAUUGAUAUGCGUUCGCAUGGACCCCGGAUGAUAAUAUCUUUCCUCGACUCACGCCCCAAAUCUUCGAAUUUUAUGGAAAGCAUUGGUCGGUUUGUCCGGAAAGCGUCCUCUCUACUCAUUCAAUUUGGCGGAAAACGGCGUAAACUUCAACUAUCACCCGACAUGGUCCAAAAGCGCUGUAUCGCGGGUUCAGAGACAUGCCCAUUUGCCGAAUCCAAAGAGAUGCCACUUCGACAAGCCCCUCCAGAAUGGCUCUCUAACAGCUCCGCGUUCGCUUCGCAACUAGACCCUGAGGGUGUAUCAGCGCUCUAUCCUCCCCUCGAACCGGCCGUUGUUGAUGGAUCCACGAACGUCGAUGUGCCGGUCACGCCACUUUUUCCUCGAUUAUUCAUUUAUCGUCCCGGUGGAGAUCGGGUCCCGCUCAUUGCCGUUGAUGAGCUACCUCAUAGCAUAGUCAUUGCGGGACUCUGGGACUGGGCCAACAAUGACAGGUUGCUGGACAAUAUGGCUCCCGCUUUGCCCUAUGAGAUCCCGUGGUACGGGAGUUAUGAUAUCCAAAUCAUGGGGCAAUGGGGAGCGGCGAGCGCAGCUAACAGGCACGGACGAUUUCCAGCGGGAACGACGUUUGAUGCAAAUAUAGGCCAAGGGCCUGGGGCGGUGCCAUACCCAUCAUCGGACUCUGCGACGCGGUUUAAUGAUUCUUUGGAUGCACAUCGUACCGGACCUUCCCCUCAGCCAAUGUGGGAUUUUCCACGUCCAAGUUCGAUUGCUGGAUCUCAAUAUAGCAGCUCCUGCAGAUCGGGAACCCCUUGGUCGGCCAAUUCAACUACGUUGAGGUGGCCUCGUUUUACGGAGAAGAGAGGGCAAAGCGUCCCAGCUCCUCCAAGGGCACCUGGACAGCCGGAUGGGCCUGCUCCCGGAGUGGAUAGUUUUGGCCUACCAAUGUAUCGCCGCCAUUCUGAGCCAUUGUAA